UAAAGCAGGACUGACACUAUAAAGCUCUGUGCUAGUGACGAGUCUCUCAUAGUUAAAGCUGGAGUGGAAUCAUGGUUCUGCAAGGCAAGAAGCUGCUGGUUCUUUGGCUCUUUAUAGUGUCCUUCAUUUCUUUCAGUUCACCUGCUGCAAUAAGAGAUAAAGUGGGAGUGAGAGAAAAGCGUGCAAUUCCUAACUGGAGCAUGUCUGCAUCAGAUUUCUAUGGCUGGGUGGAAGAGCUACGCCAACUGGCUGCCUAUGAUAAGUCUGAGGAGUUGGCCAGAAUCUAUUGGGCCCAUUUUCCAAUUGCGUCCCAGCUGGGCUAUGAUGUGCCUGAGGAAGAAGAAUAAACUUGACAACUCUAAACUGAAACAUGAAUUGCUGAAAUCCUGCAUUUUUACAGUGGUAGUUUCUUCUGAUGAAUCUUUUAUAGUUAGAGAAUAUUAGGGUCUGAAGUAUCUUGUCUUUGAUAAAUAAAUUCUCUUUUGCGCAA